AUGCCUCUACCGGUCGCUCCUCCUCCAUCCAUGGACAAAAAGGAGCGGGAUGCAGCUGCGUUCGAGACCGCGAACGCGCUUGUAGCGAUGCGAUACACGCAAUGGAACGGAGAGCUCACAGCACCGAAUAGUACGAGACCGCUAUCGGUAUGCCUCAAUCGGUAUGUGAGACGGGAGGCAAUCGAAAACGUCGCGAACAAGGGUACAACGUUGUUGCUCGUGGCUGCCAACGGGUUUCCCAAGGAGAUCUGGGAACCCGUGAUCUCACAUCUCAUACAAGCUCAGAGACAAGCCAAUAUAAGUUCUCAAAAUCUCGUGGACGAAAUUUGGGCCUGGGAAGCUGUUAACCACGGCGAUGCGGCUCUAGUCAACGAGCAGAAUCUAAGCAGUAUCUUUGAUUGUCAGGAUAAUGCGCGCGAUUUACUCCAGUUCCUCUUGCAUUACUUGCCAGAGCACUCCUCCUUGCCCGCUCUCCCUACACAUCUACCUCGCGUGCCUGAUCAUAUCUCCCAGUACCGACGAUCUCAUGGCUUCCAAGAGCGGGUUCUCGUCGGUGUUGGCCAUUCGCUCGGCGGCUGUUCAAUAGCCCGCGCCGCGGUUGAUGUCCCUGUUCUUUUCUCCUCCCUGAUUCUCAUCGAGCCUGCUAUUGUACCCUACCCUCGUACUGGAUCCGCCGUCGACGAGCGCGCAUUCCCUUACAUUGUGAAUGCGCUCAAGCGCUCAAGUAGGUGGCCAUCGCGGGAGGCUGCUCGUAAAGCCUUUCGCGCAUCGUCUUUUUUCCAGACAUGGGAUCCGCAGGUAUUCGACAACUAUGUUGAGCACGCAUUGUGCACGGGUCCAGAAGACUCCUUUGGUGUCAAGCUGAAAACACCCCCUAUACAGGAGGCACUGGGAUACUCCGAUGUUCUUUCUAUGUAUGAGACAUGGGACCUUAUGGACGAGCUGGACGAACGCAUCGAGCUCCGCUUCGUCGUUUCGGGAAAGGAAGGCAAGAGAGAGGAUGGGAUACGCGAAAUGACUGUCUGGCGGCGACCAGUGAACUCGUCCAAUGUCGUUUUCCCUGACGCGGGGCAUCUGAUCGUGCAGGAAACUCCUCGAGAGCUGGGCCAGGAGAUCCGCACUUUCUUACAGUGCAAGUACGGACCAGCGGGACCCAGAUUGUGA